CACUGGUUCGUCUCUUUCAAAUAGGCCCCUUUCUUGAACUCCAUGAAAACUUCCAAACGGAGACUUCAUUUUCAAAAAGAAUCAUCCGACAAAAACAAACAGAGCAACAAAUACUAAAAUAACACCGGACAACGCUCCAUAGCUGCAGAACACUUCCUUUCCCUCCCCUUCCCUCCCCAGUUUCUGGAUUCAUUCAUCAAUCUCCCCGAGUCUUCCUUCCGUCCGACCCCUCAUUGUCCGGCUUGUGAUCUGCCCGGUUUUGAUUCUGUAGUGCCCAGUUGCAGAGGCUGAACUAAGAGCAAGACAAAAGGAUGGUGAUGAAGGAGGCAGCUGAAGAGUUGGCUCUGUUCCUCGAGAUGCGGAGACGCGAGCAUGAGAUCGAGGGAAAUGGGAUUGGGCUUCUCCCGAGCUCAGACAAAGUCAAUGCUCCUCUAGGGUUGAAUCCUCUGAGCACCCCGAUAUCGAAGACAUUGUCCUUGGACCGCAAGAUGGGGGCAGACGAGUUCUUAAACUUGGGGAAUGACAAGAAUGAUCUCCUUUGGCUUCUUUCACCACCUGGCUCUCCCCUUCUUAAUACCGUGAAGCCUGAGGAAUGCGACCCUUUGAACUCCCGGAUCUUGAACUCCACUGCCCGCCCCACUACUCCAACAUCAUCACAGGUUCCAAAUGUCCAGCCUGACCCUGCAUCAAAGAAACCAACUGAAUCUAAGAAUUCAAGUUUGCCUUGCGAGUCCAAGUCCUCCAUUAACAGUAGUAAAAAGUCUUCCUCUUCAGGCUUGCUCUCAUCAACUAACCGUAGAGCUUCAACCCCAGCAGGAAGGCCCACGGUGCCUGCAACAACUAAGCCCUCGAGAUCAUCCACGCCUUCAAGGGUUGCAACUCGGCCUUCUUCCACUAAGCCUGUGGGACCAUCUGCAACUGCUCCUAGAUCUUCCACUCCUACUCGGUUCGCUGCACGCUCCUCAACACCUACUCGCCGCUCCUCCUCCCCAGCUCCAAAUUCAACAUCAAAACAAUCAGUUCCUGGUGUUCAGUCAUCGGUUCAGUCAAGCACGAGCUCUGUGGUGGCUCCAAAAGGUCAAGUUCGGUCUUCUUCGGCUAUAAAGUCCCGCGCUGCUGUGCCUAGGGCUGCCACGCCACCAAGUAGUACAGCUCCAAGUUCAGAUCCUAGGCCAUGUAAACCUUCUGCUGGAGCCAGUCCCUUUGUCAAUAAUAAGAAUCUGAAGUCAUCUUUACCUCGGAGGCCUGUUUCUGCCUCCAAGGUUAGACCAAGUGCAUCCUUAAAUGACAAAUCUUUUCCUCCGAUCAAGAGCCGAAGACCCUUGAAUGAAAAUGAUGACGUGAACCCCGUUAUGAUGGGAACGAAGAUGGUAGAGAGGAUUGUAAACAUGAGAAAACUGGCACCACCAAAGCAAGAUGCCCAUCUUGGGCCCCAUGAAAAUCUUUCCAGUAAUCAUUCCUCGUCCAUGGAGAGUUCGGGUUUCGGAAGGUCACUCUCAAAGAAAUCUUUGGAUAUGGCCAUGAGACAUAUGGACAUUAGAGGAAGCAUUCCAGGUAAAGUAAACAGGGUGAGAACUGGACCCUCAAAGAGCCACAAUACUGGUAUUUUGGACUCUCCCCUAGCCACAAGCAGCAACGCGAGCUCCGACCUUGUAAGCGUGAACAGCAACUCCACAAGCAUAGAUGGCAGCGAAGCCGAGGACAAUGCUCUCGGGACAGCGAAAGUUUCUCCUGUAAUUGUGCAAGGUCGGUGAUCUUCAGACUCUGAUUAUUAUCUGCAGGUGUCAUCAGCUUGAUGAAUCUGUUCUAGGUAGAAAGUAUCAUCCCAAGCCUAGUUGGUUGCGUCUAUGUACUUCUCUGUUUUACUGGAGAUCAAAUAAGUCGUGCGACAGAUUGUCUCUAAGCAAUUGUCAUAUUUAAUGUGGCAGUGUCUGAGGUAUCUACAAUCUUCCGAGUUAUUUUCAUGCUUGCACUAUCUCAAGAAAUGUUCAAUGGAUUUGAAUGGAACUGAUAAUAUCGAAGUUCUGAGUUAGGAAUUGUUGGA